UAAAGCAUAAGAUUAAAUGCAUAAAAUACCAGUCCUUAUGUUUUCAGAAAAGUAAAACACAGGCUACAACUUAAAAUUUCUCCAAUUUUUUCUAUACAUUAUGAUGUUAUGAUGCCUGAUUUUACUUUAAACAUAUUGUAUUUUUGGUAGGGCUGUCGAUUUAACACGUUAAUAACGUGCGAUUAAUUUGACAGAAAUUAACGCGUUAAAAAAAUUAACGCACUUUAAUCGCAAUGCUUAACUGAGAAAUUCAAGCUUGUAGUACCACCUGUUUACUGCAGAGGGCAGUAAUUGAAAUUUCAGCUGUGUGAGCAACGCACAGUUUAUACAGUGAAGAAAACAAUUUCUUGCGUUCAAAACACUUUAUGGAGCGCAAAUGCGAUCUUUAAGGGAUCUUAAUAUGUGUUUAAAGAUUGAGUAUUAAACUAUAUUUUAACUUGACACAGUGACCUAAACAUUUUAUUUUUAUGACGCAACACACCCCAGACGCGACACAAGCGUGUCUGACGCAGGUCGUAUGGUCUUUACCUCAUGCAUAUUUAAUUACCAAAGAGGUUAAGGAUGUGUCCUUUAAACUGUUACACCAUUUUUACCCAGUCAAUCUUUAUUUAAGAAACAUGCUCCCUGAAAUAGAUCCACUUUGCUCCUUCUGUAAUGCUGUGAUGAAAAGUUUGUUUGUUUGUACAUACCUCUAUUUUAACUGGUUUCUCUUUGCUUUAUAAAGACGUUUUAUUUGGUUUUCACAGAUUUAACCUAAACAAACCCUCACAAUAAAUCUCCAACUGACAAAUUCACUUGUGAAAUGGAUUGCUGUGAACUGUAUGCCAAUGAUUGAUUUAAGAUCAAUAAUAUGGGUCGCGGGGGGCUGGAGCCUAUCCCAGCUAACAUUGGGCGAAAGGCGGGGGACACCCUGGACAGGUCGCCAGUCCAUCGCAGGGCCACACAUACACUCACACUCACCUCCACAUCCACACCUAGGGCAAUUUUUUUGGAGACACCAAUUAACCUAGCCUGCAUGUCUUUUGGAUGGUGGGAGGAAGCCGGAGUACCCGGAGAGAACCCACGCAGACACGGGGAGAACAUGCAAACUCCACACAGAAAGGCCGGGGCAACCAGGGUUUGAACCCACGACCUUCUUGCUGUGAGGCGACAGUGCUAACCGCUGCACCACCGUGCCGCCCCUACUGGUUAUUUUAACUGCCAAAAUUUCUAUAUAGGUCACAUUGAGCCCAUGCGGUGGUCCUGGCUAGCCCUGCUGCUCUUGUCCUGCAGCCAGAUGUUUGCCCAACGCCCAGGUGACAUCUGCCCACAAAACACCAACAACGAACAGGAUGUAGCACCCAACUCUGUGCCAACUGUGGAUCCUAAACUCUUCAAUAAGAGAAGGUAUCGCUCACCCCGUGUUCUGUUCAGUGAGCAACCACCUGAUUCAGAGCCCGCUGGGCAGCAAGACACAAGGAGCAGGACGAAGAGGAAAGUGGGACAACCUCAACACCGCGGAGUUUACUCCGUUUGCGAGAGUAUUAGCCUUUGGAUUGGCAAUAAAACCAAAGCUACGGACAUCUCUGGCAAUGAGGUUACAGUCUUGCCGGACGUAAAAAUCAACAACGUUAAUAAAAAGCAGUACUUUUUUGAGACAACGUGCAGCAGUGUCCGGGCCGGUGGAUCGGAGUGUUUGGGAAUCGAUGCGCGGCAUUGGAACUCAUAUUGUACCAAUUCACACACAUUUGUGAGGGCAUUGACUUCAUUUAAUAACCUAGUGGCUUGGAGACUAAUUCGGAUUAAUGUAGCCUGUGUGUGUGUGCUCAGCCGAAAAUCAUGGAGACAAUGACAAACUGACUGCUUCUUUAGUCUAAAUCUAUGCCAAUGUCAGCCUCAUAAUAUCUGACUUGAUCAUUCAAAAUCAUUUGUGUGAUACCGAAUUGAUGUCGUAUUUAUCAUGUGCACACUAUUAAUGACAACAGACCAUCGAAGGAGGAAAUACUGUAUAUGAUGUGCUUUUUCUCAUUGAAAACUACAAUGGACUUGGCAAAUGUUUCUCUAUUCUUUAUGAAUUUUUUCUUUUGGAAUACUUGUUUUACUCUGCAGCAAUAUGAGAACUUGUGGUGGUUUCUUGAUAGGGCCACAGGUGUAUACAUUGUUGUUUGUUGUCAUUGUUAUUUAUUAAAGCAUUAUUGCCCAGUUUAUUGUGGGGUACCAAGUGUAUAGUAGCUUGCCGAAGCUACAGCCUCAUCAUUGGAGAAAACAGUACAUUCAGUCAUUUUAAUGGAACAUUCAGGGUUAAAUAGAUCUUAAAGGGCAAGUUCACAUAACAAUUAUAAUUCUCUCAUCAUUUACUCCCCCUCAUGUCAUCUCAAACUUGUAUGACUUUCUUUUGUUGAACUCAAAUGAAGAUAUUAUGAAAGAUGUACUGAAUGAGGUGUUUUUGU